AUGGCUAGGAGAAAAUUGGCCAAAAUACUCCCACACCCAAGCAAUUUGUACCGUGCCAUCGGCGAACAAUACGUGAUCCGUGCUUUAGGACUGCAGAUGCAGCCAUUCGAUUAUGGUUCUUACACCGACAAUGUCGGCAGCGAAUGGCGGAAGUGGCUUAGAUCGUUCGAAACGAUGAUGCGCGCCGGUCGUAUAGACGAUGACGUUUGGAUGAAGGACCUAUUACUCCAUUAUGCGGGGCCCAGUGUCCAACAAUUGUUCGAAACUUUGCCGGAACUACCAGCUGUGGACACACGUGGGCCGCUGCUCAACGUAGACAUUUACACGCCGAACAUGACCGCCUUUGAGGAAGCCAAGGCAAAACUGAAUCUAUUUUUCCUGCCGAAAGAGAACACAUCCUACGAGCGUCAUUUGCUAAGAGAAAUGAAGCAGAAAAUGAGUGAAAAUAUCGAUGCUUUUACUAUCCGUCUGAGAGUUCAGGCAGAGCGAUGCGGCUUUGGGGACAGAGUGGAUGAAAAUGUUAAGGACCAAAUCAUUCAGAGCUGUCAGUCAGCUGCUCUGCGUCGAGAUCUUCUGAAGCGUGGUGACAUUAGCUUGGAGGAAGUGCUGAGUACGGCAAAGAUUUUUGAGACCGUUGCCCAACAGGAAAAGUCCUUCACCAGCGGAGAAGGAACGAAACCACAGGCCAAUGAUGUUAACAAGAUCGAAGUAGCGUCCUUCAGCGGAAAGAGAAAACGACCUUUUGUGACCAACCGAUUCGAGUGUCAUCGUUGCGGCUACGUCGGACACCAAGCCAAAGAUAAGAAAUGUCCUGCCAGAGGCGAAACAUGUAGAAAUUGCGGUGGCGCUGAUCAUUUUGCAAAAAAGUGUCGCGUUAAGCAACUGAAACGAACAGGCGGCUUUUCUUAUCGUGAACGAAAGGACAACGGAUGUUCUUCCAAUACUGGGACAAGAACGUUUAAAAAGGAUGAAGACCAGCAAACCGUGAAGCAGAUUGAUGAUAAUGCGGAAUACGUGUUCCAUGUAACCUCCCCUAGUUGUAAUGGCGAAGUUACAUGCGAGAUCGGUGGAGUUAUUGCGACCGCUGUCAUCGACUCAGGUUCAAAAUACAACCUUUUGAGCCAGUCAAAGUGGGAUGAACUGAAGAACAAUAAAGUGACUGUAACAAAUCAACGUCGAGAAGCACCCAUGGUUUUCAAGGCAUACGGAGGCCAAUCACUUCCGCUAGUCGGCGCAUUCACGGCAACUCUCAAGGUUGGCAACUUGAGUGACAUGGUGGAGUUCUACGUGGUGAAGGGCGAUGGUAAAACGUUGAUCGGUCGCGACACCGCGAUGGCCAUGGGAAUUCUGAAAAUAAGCGUCCCAGUUAACGAAGUUGAAUCCAACAAUUGCGGUAAGCUAGGGACAAUCAAGGAUGUAGUCUUAGAUAUACCGAUCCGAGCAGACGUCGUUCCAGUUGUUCAACCAUACCGGCGUAUACCAGUGGCACUGGAGAAGCUUGUCGAUCGAAAGAUAAAUGAGUUGUUGAGUAAGGGAAUUAUAGAGCCGGUGAACGAACCAGCGAAAUGGGUUUCUCCCGUGGUUGUAGUCCCAAAGGGUGACGGCAGUGAUGUCCGCAUUUGCGUUGACAUGCGUCGUGCAAAUGAGGCUGUCGAAAGAGAAAACCACCCCUUACCGACUUUUGAGGAUUUCUUGCCGCACCUUGCCAAGGCAAAGUUUUUUUCACGUUUGGAUCUAGAGAGCGCUUUUCACCAGGUAGAAAUAUCAAAACGGUCCCGUGAAAUCACGACGUUCAUCACAAGCAGAGGCUUGUACCGCUACACAAGAUUGAUGUUCGGAAUAAAUUGCGCUCCCGAGCUGUAUCAAAAAACCAUGGAACAGAUCCUUAGCGGAUGCGAGGGAGUUGUGAUUUUCAUCGAUGACGUCAUGGUUUAUGGAGCCAAUAAAACGGAACAUGACAUGCGUCUGGCAAAAGUUCGCCAGCGGUUGCAGGAUAAAAACGUUGCGCUCAAUGAAGGUAAAUGUGUUUAUGGCGUCACAGAAAUGAAAUUUCUCGGACAUAUUCUGUCCGUGGAUGGAAUUAAGCCAGAUAUGGACAAACUUGAAUCGAUCCGCAAUUUUCGGGAACCAAAGUCAGGGGAGGAGGUCAGAAGUUUUCUUGGUUUAGUAAACUAUUUAAGCAAAUUUAUCCCUGAUUUGGCAACACUGACGGAUCCUCUGCGACAGUUAACGAAACAGAAGCAAACUUUUAUUUGGGGACCAUCGCAACAGGCAGCUUUCAGUAAGUUGAAAACCCUUUUAGCUAGCCCGACUACACUAGGAUACUUUGAUGUCGAUGAUCGAACACAGCUUGUAGCAGAUGCAAGUCCUGUAGGGUUGGGCGCAGUCCUCAUGCAGGUCAAUAGCCAAGGGGCUAGAAUUAUAGCUUAUGCAAGUAAGAGUUUAUCAGACGUAGAACGUCGGUAUGCACAAAUUGAAAAAGAAGCGCUAGCCCUGGUAUGGGCCGUAGAGCGCUUCCAUUUUUAUCUGUACGGUCGCUCAUUUGAAUUGAUAACAGACCACAAACCAUUAGAAGCAAUAUUUAGCCCUAAAUCGAAACCAUGUGCACGCAUUGAGAGAACUGUGUUUUUCUGGUCCAAUAUUAUUGCGAGGUACCCGAAUGAUUAUACCAGCACCCUUGCGAACGAAAGUCCUAGAGCUUGCCCAUGA